UGUAACUAGCAUACAACUUUCAUAUCUCCAAAGUUGGGCCGCCCAUUAGGAUGAGCCCAAUCCAAUCAGCUUUAUGUGCAAAUGCUAUUGUUUACCACUUGUCAAUUUCAAUUUUCCCAGAAAGAGGAAGAAGAUAAUAAAGACUAAAAAUAAAAUUUAAAACUAAAAUUGAAGCCAGCAGAUAACUCGAGCUUGCAGCAGCAAUGGCGUUAUUAUCGUCGACGCUCAACAGCUUAUCGAUUUUACACUGUUCACCAAAGAUCGAAGUGAAAUCUGGAAAUAAAUGGCGGCCAAUCUGUGCUGCUACUAGGUCACAAUCACAGGAUAACUCAAAAUCAAGAGAUUCAGGACGCAGCUAUAGGAAAGUGUGGAGGCGAAGAAAUUUGACCAAAAGAGAUGAUUUUUCGGUACACGGGAUGGAAAGGGUCCCGUUUCUCGAGGAACGGGUCAGAAAGAUAAGAGAAACGGGAGAGAUUGUGUCGAUGGAUAUCGAGAGGCUGUUACUGUCAGAAGAAAACAGGUUUGCUUUCGUGAAUGAUGUGGCGGCCGAGGCAAAUCGGUACGUGGAAAAUAACCGUGAUGAGUAUGGCUCGAAAAAAGCUAUUCUCCAUGUCCUAAGCAACAGAAUGAAUGAUCUUGGGUUUAAGAGGUCCGAGGCUUAUCUGGAGGGUGACCCUUAUAAGCCAGGUCCUGGUUAUCUGAGGCAAGAAGUCUUUAAUGACUAGAAUUGAAAAAAAAAAUAAAGGGCAAUCUAAUUUGUCAUUCGAAAUUGGAUUCUGUUUCUGAAUUUGCAGCUUUGGAAGGGGGAACUUUGAUCAGUCGAACGAAUGUAAGGCUGUGUUUAUCUGUAGGCACUAUAAACUUGUAUGAGCAAAAACAAGUACUAUUUUUGUCAUUUGUGUCGAUAGUUGGGAAUACAUUCAACUGCAGUCUGUUUGUGUAAGUGCAUUGACGAGAUAACCAUUUUUUUUUGUUCUUUAUUUUUUUUUUUUUCUUUUGGGCAACCGAUUGAGGUCAGAAGGGGUUUCGAAGGCUGCUUGUGAAGAAACCCGUUUGUAAUGUAAGAAACUCGUUUUUUCGUUUUUCUUGGUGCAAUGCAAUUAUGCUAUAAAGAUUCAAUUUUUUACAUAUGAGAAAGGUGCUUUCUUCCCCUUUCGAGCUUAUCCUUUGAUAGUGAAG